AUGGUCAAAGCAGUUGCAGUUUUAAGAGGAGACGCUGGUGUCUCUGGUGUAGUUCACUUCGAGCAAACAGCUGAGAACGAACCUACUACCGUGUCAUGGGAAAUCACUGGGUGUGAUGCCAACGCCAAGAGAGGUUUCCACAUCCACGAGUUCGGUGACAACACCAACGGUUGCACUUCUGCUGGUCCCCACUUCAACCCUUUUAAGAAGACCCACGGUGCCCCAGAAGACGAAAACAGACACGUUGGUGACAUGGGUAACAUUCCAACUGAUGGCAAGGGUGUGGCCAAGGGCUCUAAGACUGACAGUCUCAUCAAGCUACUAGGUCCUACCUCCGUGUUGGGCCGUACUGUGGUCAUUCACGCUGGUACUGAUGAUCUUGGCAAGGGUGGCAACGACGAGUCCCUAAAGACCGGUAACGCCGGUACCAGACCUGCUUGUGGAGUUAUCGGUAUCGCCAACUAA